UAAGAAGUAGCCGGUCGUGGCUACACUUUCGGCGUGUAAUAUUUUGUCGGUAUGAUAAAUAAGUGAUACACCCUGUAAAAGUUCUGUAAGUUGAGACAUAAGCAAAAAACAAAAGAAGAAAACACAAAAAAGAAAGAAUCAAACAAACAUUCACAUAUUUAUAAUCAAAAAUCAAAGAAACAGCGUCAAAAAAUACUGCCAUUUAAGAAAUACCUGGCGGCGAGUGCUCUCACUCUCUUUCUAUUCUCUGUCUAUGUCUUUCAUUGUUCAUAUGUACAAAAGAAAAGAAAAUUAAGAAGAAUUAAUAAAAAUUUUAAUCUAAUCAAGGUUUGCUUGCUUAGUGGAAGUUUACAGCCUGUUUCACAAUAUUUCCAUGUGCAAGCUCAAAGGACCUCUACUCAAGGAUACUUACAAAGGAAUACAGAAAUAACAGAGUGUUCUCGCUCUACAGAAAAAAAAAAGAUCAAAACAAAAAAAAAAAAAAAAAAAAUAUAUCAAGGAAAUUAAUAAAAUGUGAAUGACUUAAAAAAGGUUAAAUGGAUGGAUAAACGGAUGGUUGGAUGGAUACAUACAGUUAAAAGAAAAACUAAACAAAUGAAUGAAUAAACUACAAAUAAAUUAGCUAGAAUUAAUGCAAGCCGUUGAAAAUAAAAAUACAAUGAUUGUACUCAUAAAUCAAAAACUCACCCAAACAAGUGCAAACUGAUUAACAAAGGACACAAAAACUCUUUCACGCAAAGGACUAUUUUCUUAAAACCACAAAGACAUGUCGCAAAUUUGAAAAUAUUUCGAAUCCGGUGUACUUUGCUGAGCCAAACAUGACGUUAAUUGUUGCCAUAUUGCUCAUUGAAAACUCUUUUCACAAACAUUUACAGUUAAGUUAUGAAAGGACUAUGCCUGGAGACAUUGUGAGUCCCACAACAAUUCAAAUAUUGUACUUACAUAUCUUCAGCAACUCAAUAUUCUAUAAUACCAACAAUGGCCGCUUCUAUAUAUGCAACCCCACCGCCCGAUUUAAGUAGUGAGGAUACAGCUCUAUCUGAUGUAUCGAACACUUCAUCGACCAACAACAACGUAACAGUAGCAUCAGCUGUAACCGUCUCCUCGGCCGUAUCUUCUACCUCCGCCACAGCAUCGUCUUUGUCGUCGUCGUCUUCAUUAAACCAAAACACCACGUCAUACAACCCAACACAUCACCAAUACCAACAGAGUACUAAAGUCAUCAACAACAACAACAUAAUGACCAAUACCACCUGUGAGACUAAAUCAUCUGCCUCGCCGAAAUUGAGCACCAGUAAAACCAAACGAACAAUUGCCGAUGUGUUCAAGGAUAAAACGAUGACGAUGAUGACAGCGCCAAACCAAUCUCAACAUCACAACAGUGCUUCCAGCUUUGCCCCAGAGGAAAGCCCCACAAACGAAACUGAUGAGAGUGGCGGCAAUGCAGCCAUGGCCGCUGUGGCUGUUGCUGCCAAUGCAGCCAUGCAAAUGCAGUUGCUGGAAGCCCUAAACGAUGCUGCCAAAAAACGUCGCAAACAACACAACCCCACACGUAUGGACGAUGAGAACAAGCGAGGUGGAGUUGUUGGUAGUAGUGGCGGCGGAUCCAACAGUUAUGAUGAUGCUGUAGAUGACCAGCAGCAGCAGCAGCAUCUUCAAGUUGUGCAUGCCAUUAAGCGAGAGCAAGUCUCGCCGGACCGCACCUGUGGCAGUCAAACCCCGGCCGUAGAUUACGAGGAUAAAUUGUCGAAAAUGUUUUUGCCCAAGUCCAUGGAGCAUUUGAAGGAAACUUUUGAAUUAUUGCAGCAGCAACAGCAAAAACAAUUGGAAAACAUAUCAAAAUCGCACAAGGCGACAGACGAGGAGAAGCCCCAGGAGCCGAAAGGAGCACUCCUUGACGAUAUGGCAGGAGAGGGAGACGCGAAUGAAUACCAGCAUCAAACAAUGCCCGUGCAGGAAGAUGAUGAAGCACGGAACUACAACAAUAAUCCAUAUCAGACGUUUUGCAAGGAAUGUGGAGAGAAUUUUGAGAGUGAAUUUAAGCUGGGUCUACACAUGUUGCAGGAACACAACGAGGGUCCGAGUGGUGCCGAUGCAGCAUCCGAUCAGUUGACAUCCAUGAGUUUACUGGCCUCGGUGAAAGUAAAAAUGGAAAGGAAGCUGACGGAGAGUCCGCUAUCGGGUCACAACUCGAGUCAGGGUCACCUAGGUGAACACCAAAAUGCCCACGGAUCUACAAUCGGUAAAGAACAGCAUCAGCAGCAUCAAGCUUGGAUGAGACAGCCACAAAUGACACCUAUGGGGUUCCCCUUCCCACCCGAGGCGGCAGCUGCUGCAGCUCUUCAGGCCGGAGGAUAUCUUCCUCUUUUAGCCGUGCCAGGUUUUGGUGCUGUUGAUGGUCUCAAUCGACCACCUUUAAGAAUUUUCAACCCGGAAGCCUUUUGUGAGCUCUGCAACAAAGAGUUUUGCAACAAAUAUUUUUUAAAAACGCACAAGGCCAAUAAACAUGGCAUCUACGACCCGGUACCUGAGGUAGCGGCAGGUUCAUCGGCCCAACAGAACAAUACCAUGAACGCCAUGAGUCAAAUGUUUCAACUUCAAAUGCAACAACAACAGCAGCAACAUUUUCAACAACAGCACCAAAUGCAAAUGGAUAUGAAUGCCCAACAACAACCGCAACACCAACAACAGCAGCCGCCACAGCACCAUUCGCAAACCCCCUCUUCGCAUCCCAAAUUACAGAACGACAAUAUUCGCAAGGACAGGGAUGAGAAAUCAACCGUCAAUACCGGUAACCCUCAAUCAUCGCCCGUUUAUUGUGAUAUUUGCUCAAAACGCUUCACUAAUAUUUUCGCCAUGAGGCGCCAUCGCAUUAAGGUCCACGAACAAAAUGCCAAUACCAAUGUCGCGCAACGCAAUAGCCCCAAUUCCUCGCAGCCAAGUGGUGUGGUGGACUCGCAGCCUGACGGACAAGCCUCAAAACAGUUUCAAAUGCCCGAGGGUUUCCGCCAAGACUUCGCCCUGGAGCAAGAAGAAGUCUCCUUCACACCACAACCCCGCAAGUUGUCGCCCCACUUGCAGCAACUGGCUCGCGAUGCAAAUUUUGCUCAUGAUAAGCUAAAACGGCUGGGAGUUAUAAAUCCAGAAGCUUUCUGCGAGCUUUGUUGCAAGGAGUACUGCAACAAGUACUUUCUACGCACACACAAAUGGAAGCGCCAUGGAAUCUUCAUGCCUCCCGAAGAAAGUGAUGCCGUUCCAAAGAUGUCCAGUUGGCCAUUCGUGAAUAUGGCAUCUGCUGGUCUACCAGUCAAUCUAAUGAUGGCUCAACGUUUGAUGGCCUCCGUCGAUCCCAACAAUGGAGAAAUGGAUCAGCAGUCGCAAUCUCAAAGGCAUCUGCAGCAACCGCCUAGCAAACGCAUUAAACUUGAAACCACUGACCCAGAUGAAGAGCUGAUGCCAAAUAAGGAGCCACCAAACGAUGAAAACCAGGAAAAUCGCAGUGAAAACAAUCAGCGUUCCAGCGUACCUUCCACCCCAGAUCCACACAAAGCGCAGAACGAGAGUCAAGCGGCCAGCCCUGCCAGUGAGGCUGCGGUUGGUUUACAAAAUUUACAAAAAUUGCAAUCGAUGAUCCAACAGCUAAGUGACUUGAAUGGGAAGCGUCCGAUUCCCUGUCAUCUGUGUGGGCGAGAAAUGGAGAACCAAUACGCUCUACAGGCUCAUCUUAUGACCGAGCAUAGUGGUGGCGCAGAGGGAAUUGAUACUCCGCUAACACCCUUGAACUUCCCCCCUUCCUUGAUGUUGCAGCAGCAACACCAACAGCAAACUUUGCUCAAACACUCCCCAAAUAGUUCACCAAUCGGGGCUCUUAUGCCACCGCUUAUGGGCGGCUUGCCAGGCAUAACGGGUGAAUUGCGUUGUACACCGUGUGAUCGCGAGUUUUCCAAUCUGCCAGAAUUUCAAAAACAUAUCACUGAAGUUCAUCUCUUGGCCAAUAUCAAGGGUGGAAGUCCAUUGCGUGAGGGUUUUGUAACGCCAGACCGUCCGGUCAAUAGCUCAUCUUUGGGAGCGUCGCAGGCGACGAGAAAUCCUUUCAGCAUGACCCCAACCAGUAGCUAUUGUGAAAUUUGCAACAAGGAACUUUGUAACAAAUAUUUCAUGAAGACCCACAUGCAACGCAUGCAUGGCAUUGAGAUCGAAAAUGGCGCCCAAAUCGGUGGGGUGGUGUGCAACAUAUGCAACAAGGAAUUGUGCAGCAAAUACUUUCUGCGAGUGCACAAACACAAUACCCAUGGCAUCAUUGAGGAGGGAUCUCCAUUGCCACAGCCUCGCCAAAAUGGGGUAAGUGCUGAGACUUCCCAACCACAGCCACCAGGACAACUGCCAACAGGAGCACCAGAGGCGGACAACUUCAAUAUAAGUCCCUUUGGCGGCGGAGGUCCGGAUGCAAAGUGCGAAAAUUCUAAUCCCAAUGAAUUUUGCCCUUUAUGCCAGCGUCGUUUCCGCAGCCCCAAAUGGCUGCGGUCCCAUUUGCUCAAUGACCAUGGAGCCAGCGGCAUGGAAAAACUCCGUGAAUUGGAGCAACAAUUUGGCAGCUUCAGCAAGCCUUCCAGUCCGACUUUAAAGAUUCCCAACGGCUCCAGUUCAACUGGUUCCACAUCCAAUGCGGCCACACCCACUCCACACCAGAAUAUACCGUCUCCAGCUCAAUUGGCCCAGGCAUUGCAGAAUCUCAAUGCCCAGCAGCUGUUACAAAAUCUACCCAAGAAUCAAAUGCCAAUGGCUCAUCUGAAGCUAGAACAGAAUGAUGCAUCUCCUUCCAGGCUGAAGGAGUAUCAAUGUUCCCUAUGCUCUUUUUCCACUCCAUAUUAUGCUUUUCUGUUCAUACAUGAGCGUACGCACUCCAUUAUGAACAGCGGCCAAGAACAACAAGAAGAGGAAGACGAUGAGCAUAAGACACAGGAUAUGGAGCCAGAGAGCCGAGAGCCAGCCAGUAAAAACGUACGAGCUAAUGUUGAUGGUGAUGGUGAUGAUAAUCAAACUACAGAAGAACAUCACAUGGCGGACGAUACUCAGCCCACAAAUUUGUCUCUACGCACACCGUCUCCAAGGCGCAAUAGCGUUACCAUCAAAGAGGAGUUAAUUAAGGAUAACUCAAAUUCCCCCCCUCCAACGGCCAGAUCUCCGCAAGAAAAUGCCAUGAAGCCAAGCGAAAACCAUAAAGAGAAUCCGAUCAAUUUGGUUAAAUCCGCAGCUUGUUCGCCUAUUUUUGGCAUGCCCAAUCAGCAACAACUUCUGCAGGAAAUGGCGGAGCAGUUCGGGAAAACCGCCUCAUAUGCUGUGCCACGUGAAAUGACUAGCGCCAAUGCAAGUGGUGCAGACCCACCGCCCCACAUGCAGGCCUUCGUUUUGGAGGAGCAGCUGGCAGAUAAUGAGUGUAACAGGUUUGUGCCCGCUAUUAUAUAUUUACCGGUAAGAGAACGCCUAACGGGCCCCAUGACAUUAUCCUUUAAUUUAACACCAGUUUAAAUAUGGAUCUUCAGUAACGCCUAAUUUGUGUUUAAUAUGGCAACCCUUAACAAGUACAGCUGACCGACUACCAUUUGACAAAAGAAAAAUACAGCUCCAAGAAUUGUUAUCAAAUUCCACACAAAAAAAAAAAAAAAACAAAUAGGAAAUGAAAAAAGACUGAGUGAUCCCUCUAAAAGUUAAGAGAAGUACUUCAGAGUGAGUUGCAACAACAACGUCAAAUGAUAAUCAGCUGUUUUGGUAGAAUGGGGGUGUGCUAACACGCUAAUUUCUCUUAUUUCCGUAUUUAUUAGUAAAGUUCCUAUAUGUUGUGUGUAUAUUUGAAACAGGCCUAAACGAUAGAUCAUAAAUUUAGUUUGUUGUUUUGUUUAAUUGUUUGUCUCUCUUCCCUUAACUUAUGCAUUUUUGUGUUCCAUUGUUCAGAGAAGGCCAAGAUAUACAUAAUUAGUUAUAGAAGAAUUGUCGUAACAUUAACGCGCAUACGUAACAUAGAAAAUAUCAGUUGAGCCAGAAAACCGACUAACCUAAACUACACAGGAGCAUAUAAAUCAUCACAAUUCAUUUAAAAGCAUAACUGCCAUAUAUAUAUGGCUGAAAAUAAACCAGUAGUUAAAAAUUACAUAGCAGGGUUUAUAAAGAAUUUAAUGGACAACAAACCAAAACCAGUUUAUAUACAAUACAUACAUAUAUACUAACUAUAUAUAUACAUAUAAUAAAACAAUUUACAUAAAAUUCAUCCCAGACACCCACCCCUCUCCAAUGAUCGAAAACUGCUUUGCUCAAAAUAACUGUCAAAG